UACUCGGCGUCACUUGUGACUCUAGAGCGCUUCAAAGAAGCCAGGUCAAUGUUGCGCAAAAUGAUAACCGUGGCGCGGCGCGCUCUUGGCGAGGAUGAUAUAACCACGCUUAGGAUGAGGAUGAAUUACGGACAGGCGCUCUACAAAGACGACGACGCCACGAUCGACGAUCUCCGCGAGGCUGUGACGACGCUCGAGGAAACAGAACGGAUCGCUCGGCGAGUGUUCGGCGGCGCGCACCCGCUCACCUGGACGAUUGAGGAUGAUUUGCGAGACACGCGAGCC